AUGGAAGCGUCCUCUCGUACGAUCGCCGCUGCUUCCUCCGUCGGCAGCGGCCGGCCUCUGCUGCCGGCAGCCACAGCCGACACGCAAACGCAGCGUCGGCCGGCACCCGACGAGCAGGCCACCGAGGAGGGCAUCCCCAUGGGCGAGGGACGCUUUCAGGUGAUGGUGACGAUAGCCUCGACGCUUGCCGGCACGGCCUUCCUGCUGCACCUGGUGAGCUUCCGUCUGACCACGCGCGUCAUGGACCACUGGUGCCGACCGCCGGCCGCGUUCGCCAACAUGAGCGUCGCUGAGUGGCGCCGAGUGAGCACCCCGCUCGAAGCCGACGGAAGCCACAGCCGGUGCACGCGGUUCGAACCCCCGGACGGCGGCUCGCGUGCCCGCGUGGUGCCCUGCGAGGCGUGGGACUUCGACACCGAGCGCUACGGCAACAACAUCGUCAGCGAGUGGCGCCUGGUGUGCGACCGGCGCUGGCUCAUCGAGCUGGCCGUGCUGGUGUACAUGGCCGCAUGCGCCGUGUCCCUGCCACUGGCCGGUGCCGCUGCGGACCGCAUCGGCCGCCGCGUCGUCAUGCACGUCUCGCUGGCCGCGCUCAUGGCGGCCGGCUUCGCCACCAGCCUGGCCAACUCGUACCUGCUGUUCGUGGGGCUGCGCAUCGUCGUGUCCACCACCAGCAACGCCUUCUGGCUCGUCCUGUACGUGGUACUCUACGAGGUGUCGACUCCGGCGCGUCGCGACCGCUACUGCUUCGUGGCCAUGGCCGGCGCGUCCAUGGCCCUGCCGGCGACGAUGCUGGUUCUGUCGCGGCUGCGGCUGGGCUGGGAGGCCCUGCACCUGGCUCUAAUGGCGCCCACGUCGGCGCUGGCGCUGGUCUACUGCAGCGUUGGCAGCGAGUCGCCCGCGUGGCUCAUGCGCAACUGGAACGCGCGCGAGGCCGAGGCCGUGGCCCUGCAAGCCGCCCGCAUCAACGGCGUCCCGCUCGACGAGUGCCGCGCGUGGUUCGCGCGCGAGUCUCGUCGGCGCGACAGCGAGAUGCCGCUGCCGCUGUUCGACCACAGCCCGCUCGCCAUCUUCGCACCGGAAGUGAGGAGCAGCCACGCGCUGAUCUCGUACAUCUGGGCCGCCACCAGCUUCGCCUUCAAUCAGGUGAACCUGAACGACAUCGUGCCGGUGAAGAGCGCGUUCGCCGCCGCGGGCGUCGUGUGCAUGCUGCCCAUGUACGGCGCGGCGUACGCCUGCUGCGUCCGCUAUGGCGUCAGGCGCUCGCACGUGACGGUGGGGCUCGCGUUCAGCCUACUGGCCCUCGCGCUGGCUGCUGCGUACGGAUACCAGCUGCACGACACGAGCGUCGUUCUCAUCGUCGCACUGCGCAUGCUCGGCAACCUGGUCGUCGUGCUCGCCUUCGUGGUCGCCGUCCGCCAGUACCCGGUGAGCGCCCGCUGCACCGGCCUGUGUUCGAGCUUCGCGCUCGGCCGGCUCACCGGAUCGCUGGGCGAGGUGCUGUUCCGGUGGGCGCCUCAGCAUCGUCGCGACAUCGUCGUGUACGUGAUGGCCAUCGUCAUGGCACUGGCGGCCGUGGCUACCGAGUACCUGCCUUUCCCCGGCGUCGUGUCCGCGUCGGGACCCGUGGAGUGCGCGCCCAGCGUCGUGGUGCUGCCCACCGUUCCGGUGCCCGUCUACCCGACGCGCCGGAUGAGCCUGAAUACUGCGGAUCACCGACGGCGCUCCAUGCAGGACUCGCUGGUGCCUCUGCCCAAGGGACCCCACAAGUGGAGGACGCCUCGAAGGCAGCGGUCGCUCAACGACGACCGGCUGCCCGAGCAGUACUCCGUCAGGGUGACCUCCAGCAUGACGUCGCUGCCGUCCGGCUCUUCAAGCGGCCGCCCUUGA